GGGAGCAAUGGAGGAAGACCUUGAGCCGCCGUCCCAGGGCUGGUUGGCUGGCUGGCUGCCUGCUUGGCGUCCCACCUCCAUGUCUCACCUCAAGAAUGUGGAAGCUCGGAUCAUGCAGUGCCUCCAGAACCGAUUCGUGGCCCGCUACGUAUCCCUCCCCAACCAGGCCAAGAUCUGGACCUUGUCGCUGUCUCCUGAGCGGGGCAAGGGGCGUACCCCCCUGGUGAUGGUGCAUGGCUUUGGUGGGGGCGUCGGGCUGUGGAUCCUCAACCUGGAUCCCCUGAGCAAAUACCGCCCCCUCCACGCCUUCGACCUCCUCGGCUUUGGACGCAGCUCCCGGCCCCCCUUCCCUCGGGACCCCCAAGGGGCGGAGGAGGAGUUUGUGAACUCCAUCGAAGCCUGGCGCCAGGAGAUGGGCAUUCCCAGCAUGAUCCUGCUGGGCCACAGUCUUGGGGGCUUCCUGGCAGCUUCCUACAGCUUGCAGCACCCGGAGAGGGUGAAGCAUCUGAUCCUUGUGGACCCCUGGGGCUUCCCCACACGGCCGUCGGACCCUGCGCAGAUCCGGACUCCUCCAACCUGGGUGAAGGCUGUGGCAACAGUCCUGGGACGAUCCAACCCUCUGGCCGUGCUCCGGGCAGCCGGUCCCUGGGGUCCAGGGUUGGUGCAACGCUUCCGUCCGGACUUUAAGCAGAAAUUUGCCGAUUUCUUUGACGACGAUACCAUCUCAGAAUACAUCUAUCACUGCAAUGCCCAGACACCCAGCGGCGAGGCUGGGUUCAAGGCCAUGACAGAGGCAUUCGGCUGGGCCCGGCGGCCCAUGCUGGAGCGCAUCCACCUGGUCCGGCGGGACCUGCCCAUCACCCUCAUCUACGGCGCCAACUCCUGGAUCGAUACCAGCACCGGGGAGAAGGUCAAGCAGCUGCGGCCGGGGAGCUAUGUCUGUGACAUGGCCAUUCCGGGAGCCUCCCACCACGUCUACGCCGACCAGCCCCACGCCUUUAACGCCGCAGUGGAACGGAUCUGCGACUCGGUGGAUUGACCCCCCGAUCCAGAUGCAGAAAGAAGCUUGCUGUGGCACCUCCGUGACCUGCUUGUUGGGACAUGCACAAGAUGCGCAAGACCCCCCCUUCAUGUGCCCCAAGGAGCGGAGACUCCAGCUCCUCUUGAGUUGGACGCAAGCUGGCCCUGGAGGAUUUCUCCCUUCCCCUGAAAUCCCCGGCUUGACUGGCUCCUGAAAUCUUCGUUUUACUUAAAGGAUGCAGGCCCUCCUGUGUUGGGUUAAUCCACGUUCUAACGAUAUUAUUUUCUCCUGCUUCCCUGUGGCUUCUCUUUGCUUUAUGCUGCACCAUGCAGUUGGUUCUGCCAUCCUUGUCUGGCCUUUUGUCCUAGAAUUCUCCUGUCUAUUCUCUUGGAUCCUUCCCCCGCUGUUUCCCACCUCCCCCGGGUGCUGUUAUGCCCUCCCCCCUUUUAUUCAGUCCUGCAACACCAUCCGACGUAUUUUGUGCCAGGAAAAACACUUCUGAUCUCCAUCACUUCCCUGACCUCACGCUAGUAACACCGGGGAUCACGCUGCUCCAUUUGGCCCCGACGCUUGGCUUGUGAUCCUGGAAGAGAACCAGUGGCUUCUCCUUCUGGCAGAUGCCAUCUUCAAGCUCAGCUAAAUCAGGGAACCCGAUCAAGCAGGGAAUCCUUCCUUUCCUUCAGAAGGCACCAAUAUAUAACGGUGUUCUGUUAAAAUGCGCUGACCAAUUGCGUUUGAAUGGGACGCUUGUGGUCACCAACAGGUGACGGGAACAAGGCCUGUAGGAGCUCUGGCAUGACCCACAGCCCACGAGUGUCCUUAAUGGGGGUUUGGAGGCAUCUACCAUUAUUGAGUGCCCUUCCAAAAGAGGAAUACCCAAGAACCGUAGGGGUAGCCAGACAUCUCAAACAAUAGCACAGUGUUGGAACUAAUCACAGCCCUGGGUUACGACCUUUGCAAAGAUAAAAGGCACCCUCACCAGAUAGGAGUUCGCCAUUGGGACGGGAAUUUCACGGAGUGUGUGCUUUAAUACCUCCCUUAAUUCUUCCAUGAUUCACUGCAGCCCCUUUUGCUUCUGUCCUUUUAUUCAGCCCCGAAAAGAUGCAGGCGGUAGAUACAUUUCGCGGCAUGCCAGUGAAUUCUCUUGCUAAGGCAAGUGAAGGAGACGGAGAGGGUCGUUCUGGAGCACAGACGGCUGAGAAUCUCUUUGCCCCAUCUAGUGGAGGCAAAAUGCACCACAAGACGGAUGGGGUUGUCCAUCCUUCAUCCCAUAUCGUGUGUUCCCUCCUCUUUUUCUCACCACCCCAUACAAUCCCUACUAACUAUUGUUGGAUUAAGAUGGUUGUUGGGGCACUUUGGAUCUGCUCUUCUCCCUCUAUGAAGCUUUGGGCUGAGAUGGGGCAGGAGUGAGAGUGAUUGGAGGUGCAGAAACAUCUGCCUGGCCUUUCUCCUUGGACGUAUCAAGAGUCGUGGCCUUCCGUUCAGACGCACACUGGUACCUGCUCUGGGGUGCCAUGUUAACACCUCCUCAACUGUUGGAGAUGGGAGGCCCGUUGGACCUUUUCUUAAUUCCCUUGCGGUGCUUUGUAUAGAAUCUCCCUUGGUUUGCACUAAAUUUUGUAUGUUUAUUAAAAGGAAAAUAAUGUUCUGAAA